GACAAGAAGUUGGGACGGCAGCGCACUGAGAUCAGCAACAUUUCUUCAACGACUUGUGGAUGAAAACUGGAUCAAAGAUCCAUCGAUCACCAACUUUUUGAAAGCCAUGCGCCUUUUCGGGGGCUGCCUGUUACUCGCGCUGGUUUCAUGCAGAAAUGGAGAGAAGACCGGAGAGUUGAAUCCGGCUGCGGGACACGUCCUGCAUAACGAUGACAGGAACUUCUCAAAACUGGAUCACAUGAAACAAGAGCCUUUUCAGCAGCGACAACAAGCCCUGCCAGAUUCCACCUUUAAUCUGAGGGUCCAGGUGAACGACAUGCUAAGUCAUCAGGAACUGAGUCAGGCAGUUGUAGAGGUCUUCGUCAACUACACCAAGAACAACACAGCUUUGAGCGGGGUGGACGGCAGCACUUUGCUUCAUGUUCCUUAUCACUCAGGGCUGCCCAUCACGGUCGUAGCCAACAAGGCUGGCUACAUCCCUGCACUGCUACCAUGUCAAACCAACAGAAUACCAAUCUUUUCAUCCGCGACUGUGUCAAUGCUCAGUCUCACUCAGGGCAGCAUCUGGCUCUUUGAAGAUUCAGUCCUGAUCACUGGAAAAACAGCUGACACUUCAUCUCAGCCCAUCGUCAGGUUUCCAAAAAGCCUCCUGAACCUCACAGACAGCGGCAACCUCACCUCAGUUAAAGCCUACGUCACUAUUCCUGACCUGACUUCAGAGCAGGGCGGCUCUCUGAAUACACAGGGCAUCAUCAUCUCCAAAUCAGAACACGUCAGUGUGGAGCUGAGCCCGCUGGCGGCCGUCAGUGUGCAGCUUUUCUCCGGAGACAUGGAACUGAACAUAGGCGGGCACGUCCAGAUCAGCCUCAGAGUUCCAGAUAGUCGUGGACUUCAGACUUCAGAUGUUGUUCCAGCGUGGUUCUUCAACAGGACUGUUGGUGGUUGGAUGCGGAAAGGACUUGGGAAGGUGAUGUCAGUAGAUGGAAAACUGAUGUGGACUUUCACUGCUCCUCACCUGGGUUACUGGAUCGCAGCACCUUUGUCAUCGACCAGAGGUUUUUUCGAUCUCGCCGUGCCCGUUGACUUUAUCUUCCAUCAUUUCUUUCUCCUGAUGGUUCUCUUUGGAGGAACGCUUGUUACCAUCAUCUGUCUUCUGUUUGGACUCUUAUAUUACUGCAGAAGGGAGCCAAGUGACAGUAAAGCAACCAAGAUCCAGCCAGUGAUAAGAAAAGACCAAACCACCUCUACCUGCGAUGAUGAUGUCUGUGAGGCAUCUUCAGGGGAUGUCUGUGAUCCACAGGAUGGUCAGAACCAGGUGGAACAGGGGGAUAAUCAACGCAAUGCCUCCUUUAUGUCGAAGCAUAACAGUAAUAUCAUAGUCAGCCCCACUGCUGUGGCCAUUGCAGUGGAGUGUAACGAACUGGAGCUCAACGCUGACCUGAGUGAUCUAACAUUUUCACACAAGAGCUCAGAGCAAGUCAGACUUCCUGCAUCUCUCACAGACAACUUUUUCUUCUACAACCAGCCUGUUGCCAUUCUUCCUGCUCCAGCUUUCUUUCAGCUGGAGGAGCACCUGGAGCAGGCUCAAUGGAGCAAGUCGGCCACUCUCCCACGAGUGGGUGCUUCAAACGGUGCUGCCACAGAGCCUAAAGGUACAUUUCCCACCCAGAGCCAGGUAGCAGAAACUGAGGAUCAGCAUGAGGUUGUAGAGAGCUCUCAGGAUGCAGGCUCCGCCAACACAUCCAGGGUUCCUUUCAGUCUCCCAGAGUCACUAUCAGUACCAGGGACGUUGAAUAAAAUCAGGGAAGGCCGCCACUCGGUGAAUACCCUGGUGGGAUUAUCGAAGAUCCCCUCACCUCAGCCUUCUCGGGCAUGGUUUGUAUCACUGGAGGGAAAACCUGCGGCUGAGAUCCGUUAUUCUGUGUCAGAGCAGCAAAGGAGACGGAGGCCCAUUGAGAGUCGAGAAACCAGUUUAGACUCAGGAGUGGACAUGAGCGAACUAAACCAGAACUCUGGUAGAAGGGCUGUAACGCUGGAGCGAAAUGCUACUUUUGUCAAAAGCAAACAGACACCAAAACAGUAAAAAGCUGCCCGUCUGCCAGCAGAUGCAUGGAGAAAAGUCAGCAUUUCAAAGCAGAGUGUACACGGCUGGUGGAAAUAUUACAGGCAAAAUCCUCUCAUCCUGGAAUCUCUUACACCAACAAGAGUGUCAAAUUACAACAUACAAGUGCAACAGACGACAAGUGUUCAGUUUUUAACUUGUGCACUCAAAGAAUAACAUAUAGUGACUAAAGGUUAUGCAUUGUCUUUUAUUUGUUUGAAAGUCUAUUAAUGUGUUAUUAAAUGAACAUAGAGGAUUGACCUAGAUCAUAUUAACACUGUCAGACUAUAACUGAGGAAGUUUUGCUCAGAUUUGAAUGCUUACUUACGUGUUGUUAUUGUAAUGCUGUAUAUAUUAUAUACUGGGCCUUAAAAUGAAAAAAACUCUUACAUGCCACAAUAAAGAGAUUUAUUUA